UCAAUACUUCAUUUCAAACUUGUCUGUUGACCAGUUGUCAACUCGUUUAAGAAAAUCAAAAGUAUAAGUUUUAAAGGAGAGUUUUGUUAACAUACCACCUAUUUUUAAUACUAAAUUGUGCUAAAAUGUUUUCGAUCGACGCGCCACCGGAAUUACAAAAUUCAGAAUAUUGCAAUUAUCGUUCACCACUAAGUACUCGCUAUGCGUCCAAAGAAAUGCAAUAUAAUUUCAGUGACCAAAAGAAAUUCUCUACCUGGAGAAAGCUGUGGAUAUAUCUGGCGAAAGCUGAAAAGGAUCUCGGCUUAGACAUCACCGAUGAACAGAUCAAGGAACUGGAGUCGGCAAUCCACGACAUAGAUUUCCCAUCAGCCGCAGAACAUGAGAAGAAGGUCCGUCAUGACGUCAUGGCGCACGUCCAUACCCUCGCUGAACGCUGUCCGUUAGCGGCUCCUAUCAUACACCUAGGAGCUACUUCAUGCUACGUUGGCGAUAAUACCGAUCUGAUUGUAUUGAAACACGGCUUGGACUUACUCCUGCCCCGGCUCGCUGCUGUUAUAAGCCAACUGUCGAAAUUCUCCGAUGAAUACAAAUCGCUUCCGAUUUUGGGAUUCACACAUUUACAACCAGCUCAGUUAACAACAGUUGGAAAGAGAGCUUCGUUGUGGCUUAGCGACCUUCUUAUGGACGAGCGUGCAUUGUCCCGGGCAAGAGAAGAUUUAAGGUUCAGGGGAGUCAAAGGCACUACAGGAACUCAAGCUUCGUUCUUACAACUGUUUAAAGGUGACACCAGUAAGGUUAGGGCUCUGGAUAAGAGAGUCGCAGAGCUUGCUGGAUUUGAUAAACGUUAUCUUGUCACCGGUCAGACGUACUCAAGGAAGGUAGAUUUAGAAGUUAUAGCGGCGUUAUCUGGGUUAGGAGCCACUGUACAUAAAAUGUGCUCUGACAUCCGUAUUCUCGCUUCUCGUAAAGAAUUGGAGGAACCGUUUGAGACUUCUCAAAUAGGAUCCAGCGCGAUGCCCUACAAAAGAAACCCUAUGAGGUCUGAACGUUGCUGUGCCCUGGCUCGGCAUUUGAUAACGCUUCAUGCGAAUGCUGCCAACACGCACGCCGUCCAAUGGAUGGAACGCACUUUAGAUGACUCUGCUAACCGACGCAUCACUUUAGCUGAAGCAUUUUUGACUGCCGACGCGACUUUGCUUACUCUCCUUAAUAUUUGUCAAGGGUUGGUGGUGUACCCAAAAGUAAUUGCUCGUUAUAUUGCACAGGAGCUCCCGUUCAUGGCAACGGAAAAUAUUAUAAUGGCAAUGGUACAAUCUGGUGGUGAUCGGCAGGUUUGUCAUGAAAAAAUAAGAGUUUUGUCCCACGAAGCCGGAGCGGUAGUCAAACAGGAAGGAAAAGAUAAUGAUUUAAUAGAUCGCAUCAAAAACGAUAAAUAUUUUGCUCCUAUCAUACCACAGCUCGACAAAAUAUUAGACGCGUCUACUUUUAUUGGUCGAGCUCCUGAGCAAGUCACGGAAUUUUUGGAAGAAGAAGUAUAUCCAGUUCUUGCAAAGUAUAAGAACUCAUUACUUGAAGUCGAGAAACCAGUUACUCUAAAUAUAUAAAAAUGACAAUUGUUCUGUUAAACAUUAUGUUUGGCAAAUAAAAUGAAACGAUUUCAUGAAUAAAUGAUAUAUUUACA